AUCUGGCUGGUAUUACAUGCGUCGUGCAACGAGCAUUGUCGGAAGUGUCAGUUGGUUAUUGUACAAAAUGUAAAUAGGGGGCCAUAACACUUUCUCCUCUAAUAUCUUUCAAAUAAUAUUUCAAAAUAUUAAGAAAAGACUAAUAUUUGUUAUGUCUUAUAUUUUUUGUACAACAAAUGUAUUAAUAAGUCUGAUUAGAUUUCAAUUUAAACCAAAUUAGUCUGGUUUAUGUUUAUACUGGAGUACAUUUAUAUAAUCUUUAAGGUAGUACUAGCGCGACAGUCUCAUUAAAAAUUAUUAUUAUUAAAAAGAAAGUUACAAUAGUCUUAUUAUUGAAAAGAAAGUUACAAUAUGUGGUUAUAAUAUAUUAAAUACACAUUAAAGUUCAAUAUAUUAACAUCUUAUAGAUAAAAUAUAUCAACACAAUGUUCAAUAAUAAUUAAAAAAUAAAGAAUUCAUUAUUUAUUUUGAUUUGCUGGAAUAAACUUUUGGUUGCGAGUGUAAUCCACACUCUUUAAGACUUUUGUAUAUGAUACACAUUAGAGAUGCCCGAUUCUUAAUCGAUUCGAUUCUUUCCCUAACAAAUUUAGAAAAAAAGUGUUGUUCGUGCUGCAUGCAUGUUUCAUACUUUUCGCUUUUAAAAAAAGAUAGACGCUUAAUCAGACGCUUGGAAGAAACGCUUGGAAAUCGAGUUGGUUGUUUCGUUUUUGCUUCUUCGAAACAUUCCAAUAUACUUCUGUCUAGUUUUAAAUACGAAAAGUGCGAAGAGUGCAAACAACAUGAAUAAGCCUAUUUUUGGGGAAAGAAUCGAAUCGAUUCAGAAUCGGGCAUCUCUAAUACACAUAUACUAAGGUGAUAAAGAUGUGGCAACGUUGCGUUAACCUAAAACUUUGACGUUGUGUAUUUGAACGGUGUAUUGAACAUUGAAAAUGACUUCUCAAACAAGAUAUAAAGGAAAAUUUAUGAAAAAUAAAACUCUUCAGAAACGUUUGAGAGCAAUUUCGGAAAUGUCUCGUGCCAAAAAAGAGAAAAAACUAAGGAAAUGCAAAGUGAAGCGAUUCGUGUCGUAUCUAACCUAUGCGAGGGAAGACGUGUAGUCGAAUUGAAAGAAUUGGGAAAGAAUUUAAAAUGCUGCCAAUGUAAAGAAGUACUUUGUUUAGAGAGAAUCACAAAUAAAAGGCGAUUUGAUCUUCACUCCAGUUUAUCAAUACUUUGUGACAAAUGUGAUGUACUGACACUUGUGGCUGCAGAAAAAAUGCAUUCUGCAGUCGAUAAUAAAACAUUCAAAAAUCAUGCAGAUGUCAACAUAAAAGCUGUACUUGGUGCUGUGCAUACUGGCAUCGGAAGCUUUGAAUAAGAUUUUAGCAUGUUUGAAUAUUCCAACUAUUAGUGAUUCCCUAUUUAAAAGAUAUGAACGAGAAGUUGGGCCAGCUAUAGAAAAAAAUGCUAAAGAAAGCUGUCAACUCACUGAACAGGAGGAGCGACAAUUAGUUAUUGAAAACCUUGAUAAAUUGUGUCAAAAUUUACCUUCUGAAAUUAUAAAUGAGAUCUAUCCUUAUUAUAAGAAUUGUUGCUCCGAUAUUAAUGCAAAUCCUUUCCAACUUUCUCCACAUGAUAUCUUGAUAAAUUCAAGAAGUUCUGUAAAUUUUGACAAUAAUUUGAGUAAUAUUGAACAUUAUUGUCUCCUAUGACAUGGGAUGGAGUAAACGAGGAAAUGGAAGGAGUUAUGACAGCCUCAAUGGUUACGGCGCUGUCAUUGGUUACUUUAGUGGAAAGAUUUUGGAUUUCUCCACUCGUAAUCGCAAAUGUAAAAAGUGCGACAUAGGUCAGUCGAGCACUGAGUAUGAUUGUAGAAAAAAUUUCAAAGGAAGUAAUGGAGGCAGAUAUCAUUUGUUUGGUCAUCAUGAAAAUUGUAGGAAGUGGUAUACACGUGCAUCUGAAAAUGGUAACGAAUCACAAACAAUUUUUCUAAAAGAUCCUAAUCUUUAUAUUAAAUUGCGUGAACUGUUUUCAAAAUAUGCAAACAAUGCAGCGAAAUUUUCUGUUGCCGCUUCAAGCCAAGUAAAUGAAAGUGUUAAUAAUAUCAUGUGUCACAAAGCUCCCAAGAAUCAUUGCUAUUGUCUUAGCGAAUCUAGCGAUUAUUGCUACUCAAGUACCGUUUGUACAAUGAAUGAUGGUGAGAAUUAUUUGUUAAAUGUAGAAAAAGAGUUGUGCGUUUCACCUGGUAAGCAUACCAAAAAAUUUGCAAGCAGACAAGAUAAAACUAGACGUGAAAGAGCAAGGAAAGCAAAAUUGCCUUCUACAAAAUAUCGUAGAAACAUGUUGCUUCAAAAAAGAAUAUUGUUACGAGAACAAAAAGAAAAGGCAAAGGGAAUUCAAUAUCAAUCUAAUUGUGGGCUUGAAUUAGACGCAGAAAAUUCCUCUAUUGAUAUUGAUGUCUCACUUGUCGAAAGUACAUUAGAAGAUCUUGAAAAAUCUCCCACUGACUACAAAAUCGUCUAUUUCGAUUUGGAAACAUCAGGUUUCAGUAAAACUACUGACAUUCUGCAGAGGGUCGAUCAUGAAUCUUUUCACGUGAAUUUGAUUUUACCUAUCGAUCAUGUAAUUUUUUCUCUAGGAUAAAAUGGAAAAAGAAAAAUUUUGCGAUUUUUGUAAUAAUCAUAAUAAAAUUACUUUAUUUAUUACAUAUUUUAUAAAACGUUUAUAAUGCAUAAUACAAUUACUGUUUAUUUUUCUAAAAAAUUGUUUGUAUUAAUAUAAUUUUAGCAAUCAUGUAACCUUAUAAGGCUAAAUUUACUAAAUCAAUCUAUUAAACAUACUGAUUUUAAAUACGAAAAAACUGCGUAUAGUGAAUAUAUUUUUCACAGUUUAGCUAUCAAACGACUUGGCUAAAACAUGAAAAGCAAUGCAUACGUAUAUCGCAUUUAUAUUUAAAAUAUCUAGUGAUAUUUUGUUACCUUCAUUAAUAUAUGUCAAAUGAUGUACUUUCCCUGUUAAAAGAUAGUUCAUGGUUAAUUCAUGCAACGUAUAUUUCUCUGCGUGUUAAUCUUGUGCACAUAUUUUCUAAUAAUUUAUUUAAUUAUUUAUUUAAAGUGUUUUGGAAAGCUCUCGAUGUAUGCCAGGUCUUAAAGGAUAGCAACUUUUGACUUUGAGAGACUGACAGCUGUACCA